AUGACUCAAGGGCGUUCUAAGUCGUCAAUCGGCUUCCAUGGUCCCGGGCCAGGAGCGUAUGACGUCUCAAAGGCGGACCCAUGGCGGUCAGACAUUGUACGGAUACCGACGGCGAAGUCUCAGGCACCCAGGUUUGCACUUUCAAACAGCAAGUCAGAGCUCGACUGGGUCGUACAUCGCUCAAGACAGGUUCCCUCCCCGAUUCAGUACGGAAACAGCAACGAGAGUGCACUCAAACAUACGAGUCUGUACAGAAAUAGUCAGGUCGGGGGGAAGAUGACUCUCUCGAGAGGGAUGAACUCUGAAGAAUUUAUCCGCAAGUUGAAGUCAAGUUUUCCUGCACCUGGAGCAUACGGCAACCCGAUCCCUCCGCAUCUCAACGCAUCGUCUGGUGGAAGAACCGCGAAGUUCCCUGGUCCUGGCCAAUAUGCCUUGCCCAACAUAGCAACAACAAAAAAGAAUGGGCCAUCGGUUGGGAAGAUCGGUAAAGCUUCUCUUAUGGUCGGGUCAAUGUACAACUUCGUGCCCGAUACACCUGCUCCCGACCACUACUACAACCCCAAGUACUCCAGCCUUGUAGACUCAGGGGGGCGUUUUUCGAUCUCAAGUCCGAUAUCGGAACUUGACAGGAUAGUGCGAGACGCUCGGUCGAAGCCUGGACCAGGGAACUACAAGGUGGGCGACACAUACGGAGCGUUCAACAACAAGAAAGUCUGGCAACCGUUCAAGGGGCACGUCGAGGCUGUGGUCUCACGCAAGGACAAGAACCCUGACAUCUCAGACAUUCAAUCGCUUCGGGAGACGAACGAGAGCGAGGAGAAUGAAGAUCAGUCCUUGCUGCUAUCCCUCAACGAAUUUCUUCGAAGCCGAUGGCUCGAGUUGACCAACGCAAAUCAGCUGCAGGGUAAAUCAAACGCGAUGGACAAACAAUCUCAAAGGAAAACAAGGCCAUGGUAG